UGGUCGGAUUUGGAUUUGUGUGCGUUUUCCUUUUUCCGUGCUCUGAACUCAUUAUUUUGUGUAAUACACAUGGUUUUCAACAAAUAUCAAUUAUUUUCUUAAUUUACUACAAUAAGCUGUGUGCGUUUAGAAUAACUAUCAUGUGUAGCUUAGGAAUUUAAUGAAUCUAGUGACGUGAUAGUGCAGUUUUGGAGGUAAAAUGCCUGCUUCAAUUUGUGACCCAGUAUCAAGCGCAUUGCGAUUAUCUCUUACGGCUGAAGAAUCGCAAGGUUCAUCUUUGUUAGAUAGCAGACUUUAUUCUUCAGCUAAAAGUGUUCUUCUGUCUAAGAUUGAUUUCGAGGAAUCUGGAGAUUAUCAAAGCAAUGUCCUCGACGGUUUGAAAUCUAAGUACGUGGUUAUACGACCUAAAAAGACAGUGCUCGACACUAAAAUUCUUAAAAAGGACGUGAAUUCAGUCAACCAAACUACAGAUAUAAAAAAUGGUGAAGAUAGUGUGCCAAAGGCCAAGCGAGUAUUCUUCCCUGUUGAAAAGGUGCAAUUGGGAUGGCAGACAGCUUGGGCUGCAGGUGCGGGUAUGCAGAAUGUUGGCAAUACUUGUUAUCUCAACUCUACACUGCAAGCACUGUUCCAUGUUCCUGCAUUUGCCAACUGGUUGGUCUCUGAAGCAACACAUUCUGAAAAAUGUAACCAACAAGAAGCAUGUGUCAUAUGUGGAAUGCGUGCUACAUUGAUGGCAACUCAAAAGAGUGGUGGUGCCCCUAUCAAGCCAUGGCAAGUGUAUUCUAAGUUAAGGCUUAUUUGUAGACAUUUAACGCCUGGACGUCAAGAAGAUGCUCAUGAAUUUCUUAGGUACUUAGUUGAAGCCAUGGAAAAAAGUUACUUGUCUAGGUUUAUAAAUGCAGACAAAUUGGAUCAGUACAGUAAAGAGACUACUCCACCUAAUCAAAUUUUGGGAGGCUACCUCAGAUCCACAGUUCGAUGUCUUGCCUGUCAUCAUCUGUCCACCACCUACCAGCACUUUGAAGACCUGUUAUUGGAUAUAAGGAAGCAUUCAACAUUAGAUGAAGCAUUAGAUUCAUUUUUUUCAAGAGAAAGGUUGGAGGAUCUUGGCUAUAAAUGUGAAGCAUGCAAUAAAAAGGUGUCAGCGACCAAACAGUUCUUUGUGGAGCGUGCCCCAAUGGUUCUUUGCAUUGCUCUUAAAAGAUUUUCACUUGCUGGUGGAAAGCUAUCUAAACAUGUGCAGUUCCGAAAAAAAAUUAACCUCAACAAAUAUAUGUAUAACAAAAAUACUCAACAACAACUGUCUUAUAAGUUGGUGAGUUUGGUGACACAUUUAGGGCCAUCACAAAAUUGUGGACAUUACACUGCAAUAGGUCAGGCGCCUAAUAGUAAUUACUACCAAUUUGACGACAGUUGUGUAAGGCCACUUCCACUAUCUGCAGUGCUGGGUACAAAUGCCUAUAUUAUGUUCUUUGAAAAAGAUAACUCAAUGGAAGAUCCCUCUAUUCCAACCGCCUCUACUUCAAAUGUUGUCUAUGGCCCACAACUCCCUAACAAUAUACUUAACAGAGAAAAGAGUCCCUUAAAAUUAGCACUUUAUAAGAAUGACGAAAGAAAACCAAUUAUAUUAAAUAGUAGCACAUCAGAGACACCUAAACCAGAAGUGAAACCUAUCCUAUUAAAUUCAACAUUAAGCAAGUCGUUGGAAAUGAGCAGUUCUGUUUCCGAACCGUGGGUCGUAAAACAGAAUGGAGAGGUAGAAAAGGUGAAACAAGCACCAAAAGUACUUAACGGUAUUGACAAAAUUAACCAUAAAGUUGACGACGAUAAAAAGAUAACAUUUUUAAUAAGGAAACAAAGCAAUGAUGAGUGCCUUAUUCAGCCUAAACUUACCAAAAGUGAUUCAGAUGUUAGAUGUGUAGCUAGUGUUUGCCCUAAGCCACUUCAAGAGAAGUCUGCAACGACAAGUAAAUUAGUUAAACCGUCGAAGUCGCCAUUAGAGAAGUUGGAAGAACAAAUGAAUAAGGGUGAUUGUUCAUCAGUCCACAUUCAAAGAAACGGGAAUUCUGCGUCUAAGUUGGUACCGUACGAUUCCGAGUCUAGCAGCGACGAGCGGUGUGAAAGAGUGAGCGAAGACAAAAGUAAAAAAGAGGAACCUCGAGAUCAGAAUCGGAAACCAAAGCCCAGUCGUUGUGAGUCGCCGCAAGGCCUGAUUGUCACCACAAAAGCUAUGCAUCACGCCUGGACGGUGUCAAAAGAGAAAAGUGGUCCACUCUUAAGUCCAAGUCUGAACGGCGAUACCAUUAAAAAACUCAAGGACAAGGAGGAAAGGAAAGGGGAGAACGAGGAGAGUCCGAACACCAGCGUAAGCAGUAUGUCCCCACUGAGCGACAGGAGCGACGCCCCUCCCGCCCCGGCCGCCGCGCCCGCCUCGCAACCCGCCACCCCCGCACCGCCCGCGCGCCUCGAAACCGCGCGUCACCUCCACGGCUUGUCCCACCGCGGCUAUGGAGCGCCUGUCUCCUCGUGGAACGGCACGCAUAGUAACUUGUCGCGUCAGGUAUUUGAAGAAAGGCGAGACGAACGCAAACGCGCUCUCGAAGCCACAGAAGAAAUGGACUGCGGUCGUACGAAGAAAAUGAAGAAGUUCCACCAUUACAAUCGGUUUAAUAACAAUAGGAAUGGAUAUAACCCUUUUCAGGACAAACAAAAUAAGCUCCACUGGGGCACCAACUUCAAAUACCGCGGCGAGAGACGCCCCAACAACCACUUCAAUAAACACCAAGCAAAUAGCAAUAAGUACAAGCGCUUCAACAGGUACAGCAAUGGACAUCACUAUCCUAGGCACCAUUGACCCUGGCCGGUCAACGCCUGCUUGUCAGUGUAUAUAGAUGAAUGGACUUUAAUUACUGCGGUAAUACUUUAAGCUAAUAAUAGAUAAGGUGGUUAAAAAUGGUAAACUAAAUGUAGUGGACCAGUUAUUUCUGCAAAAUCCACUGCAGCCAUACUGUCCAUAUAAAUUGUUUUAGUGAAAUGUAGUGAAAGUGACUAUAUGUGGGAAUAACUAAUAUAUGAUGUACUGUCAGCCUUUAUAACAUAGCAUAUAAAUUUAAUGUUUGCAGAGACAGUAAUGCGCUAUUUAUAUUCUGUUUCAAUGGAAGCUAUACAAGGAUAAUUACAUAUCCUAUUUUAUCAAUAUUAAUGACAAUUUAUCGAGCGUUCAUAGUUUAUUGUUCUAUGCUAGAAGACAAGCUUAACAUAGCAUUUGGAUCUAUAGUAUAUUUUUCUAACCUCUCUUAUUAUAUAAACAAUCUUUUCAUCACUUUUUAGCGCGAUUUAAAAAGUCAUUUUUCGUUCUUUAAUAGCGACAAAUAUCACAAUUUUUUUCAAAAACAAUUAAAAAACUAGUAUGCAGCCGUUUAUUAACUCGCGAGAUGAAAAAUAUAAAGGCGCUUAAGCGGGAUACCACGUAACGUGCCAAUAGAACUACUAUUCGAGCCGUUACCUCCGACUUGGCGUUACCGACGAAGCACGAUAUACUAUUUUACAGAAUAAGGUUCAUUUAAAUAAUUUUACGAAAACAAGACUGUUUAAUGAAAAUGUUAUAUGGUAAAUUAACAGUAAAUAAACUGUUAAAAUGUUUAAAUUAAAUUUUUUACUUAGGUUUUGACGGUAACGCCAAGUCUCAAAAAAAAAAAAAAACCGUAAAACUUAUAUUUUUGUCAGUUACGCUAAGGCAGCACUAAUGGCUCGAAUUAUCGUUAAUUUAAACACUUUCACACGAUACGCUUAACAUAAUCGGUGCAAGCAACCCGCGUCCCGCGCGACAUUCGCUUCAGUUUGAGCAGAAUAAUCGCAUUAAUAACUUGCGAAAUCAGUUUCAGUGCUUCUUAAUAAAAAAUGUAUUAUAAACAAUGUGUCGGCCGAUUACCUGUCAUCACAAAAUGGCCAACGUGAUCCAAAUGAUAUUAUUGGGUAUGCGCGAUUUUUGAUAGUCGCAUCUGAGCUACAUAACUUCAGUCAGCGCAUGUAGAUUGAGAAGGGUCUUUUCAAAUAAUGUUAUUAUACUUCAAUUUCUUGAAAUAUAAAUGUCUUCUAUUUAGUAAAAUUUUAUUAUAAUGUAAAUCCUAAACAAUUUAAAUAGAGUUAAAAAAGUAAUAAGCUUUGUGGUUCCAAUAGACGUUUUUGUGCAGCUACUAUUGAAAUGGGUAUUAUAUGAUAUAGUUAAUAGUUAGACUGAAUAAUGAUUACGAUAUAUACGAAUAACUUGCAAUUAGAUGUUUAACCAUAACUGAUAACUGAUAUAUUUAUUACCGUUUCUGAUUUUAGUUCCUUAAAAUACGAUAUUGUUUGCAUUUAAAAAGACUUUAUUGCUUACACCCUUAAUAGUUUGAUAAUAUUCAAAAGGACUAACAGCCUUUUGCAUCUGUUGUUUAGCUUAGUUGGAUUAGUCAAUUUUUUUUAAAUAUUGAGAGGAAGUUUAUUUAUAUAAACUAUAGGCCGAGUUUGAUUGUCAAUGUUAACUUUUUUUUUAACCGAUCAUCGCCGUCGCAUUUGCGUCAUUUUGAUUGUAUAGUGAAGCUGGAUGUUGGUGUCUGAUGGUUGGCUAGGUUUUUGUCUAAUCCGGCAGAAGCUGUUUCCGGAUGCUUUUGUGUAAAUAUGCUAUCCAAAUUCCGAACUAUCACUGUCAAAUUUCAUCAAGAUUGCUACAGUGGUUGAGCUUAACCUAUAGAGACACAGUAUAUGAUGGAUAGCUUAGUAAAUCUGGUUAUAUCACAACAAAAAUGGUCAAGAGAUGAAAUUAAAUUCCAUACAACAUAGUGCGAUAUUUUUUGGAUUAAAAGCAAUUAGACUAAGUAUAAUUUGUGGAAGUUAUUCAUCAUCAAAUUAAUGCGUUUCCUUAUCAUCUCUAAAAUAUAAAUGUAGAUCGACCAACAAAAUCUAUCUAAGCUAUCGGGGAUAGACACUUCCCAUUACAACAAAAUGAUGCAUAACGCAAGGGUGAUAAUUAGAAGCGAAAGGUUGGAGCAAUAAGAUUCCCGACACCUAACUUGACUUGAAAUGACUAACUCAAUUGAAAUUAUUACUUUUAAUAUUAUCCAUUUUUUUAGGAUAAAUUUAUGUAUUUCAGUGAAUUCUAACAUUACUGAAAAUAAUAUUAUAAUUACGUAGCCAUGUAACUUAAUAAACAAUUAUGAAUUUCAUUCCGAUAAUCAGCAAUACAUGAGAGCAAUAUAUGGAUCAAUAAAUUUUAAUAAUACUUCUGAACUCACAUUGUAAUAAUUAUAUAGCCCAAGUCUGUUCGAUUUGCAGUGCAUAUUGUUUCUAUGCAUAAGUGUUAUUCAAAAGGAUAAUAUUGAACUUAAUUAAUAAUAUUUUCGAUAUUAAGUAGAAUAUAACAAUUAUAUUAAGUUUUAGAUAAUAUAGAACAUAUAAAUUCACUAAUUACGUCGGCUCAAUACAUAGUGUUUCGCAAAUUCCAGUUAUUUAAACGCAUUUUUUAUAAUUUAUGAACCACUGACAUAAAAAUUUGACAGUUUUCAGUUGACUGAAGGGAAAGGACCGUUAGAACCCUUCCGAUCAAGUUUAAUUAAGUGAGCGUGCAUAAGAUUGUGUUUGUAUUCGAUUAUUUGCUUCGUAAUAAAAUAUAUCUAAAAAUUGGAUAGAAGUCUAAAUUAUGCUUAAAAUAAAACAUUUAUAUCAUCAUCAUCAUUAUCACAUCAUCAUGGCACGGGUCUUCUCGCACAAUGAGAAGAGGUUAACAUUUAUGUAUUAAAAAAAAAAAAAAAGCAGUAUUUUGUUUGUGUUAUUUAAUGAAGUUAACACACCAAGCUGAUCUAGAGCAGAUCACGUAAAUCUGUAUAAACUUUUGUCAUUUUGUUGAUCAAAAGUGUCACCUUUUAUGAUAGUUAUUACGUUAGAAAAUAAUCGUCUGCAGAUACAUCUGUUCAUCAUCAGCAGAUUCACCUUUGUAUACAUAUGCAACAGCCAUUAUUGCCACGCCAUUUUUUGGUUGAAAUACCCAUAUUUGGAUUUAUUUUUUUAGUCUAAGAUUAGACAUGGUUAAGUUUUUUCUAAGGGAGUAGUGAUUGUUUCUGUCGUUAUAUUUUUUAAACACUAAUAGUAAAGUUUUAUUUUUAAACACAAAGUGUACUAAUCUAUAAUUUUUUUUAAACACGAUACACUGGAACUUAAAACGACUUUUGUUUAUUUUGUACAUAAUUAUAGCGAAGUUCGUUGCAAGUUAUUGUCUUGUAAAUAUCAACAUGGCUUUGUAUUUUUGUAAAAAUAAUUAUCUUUGGUUGACUGUUGUUUUACCACAAUAUGAUAACGAAAUUUUACCUUUAAAGUCCAAUAGUUUAGGUACGAAUUGUGUAAAAUAGUGUUCUUGGUAAAUAUUAGUAAAUUUUUGUUUCUAUUGAGUUAUAUAAAAGCAUGAAAUACCUCAGUUCGUCUUAGAAGACUCAGAGAUCCAAAUUAAAACAUGUAUUUUUACAAUAUUAUCAACAUUGGGAUACUGGCCUCGCUUGAGGUGUUUCACAUUAAUUAAUUAUGAGCAUUUAUACUUAAUAAUUUUUCAGGCUUUUGCAUACAAACUAAAAUAAAAAUUUAUUUGUCUCAUCUAUUCAAUCGUAUAUUUAUAGGGUAGGGUCUAUACAGACAUAUCCGGUUUACUGUUACGAGUGGAAGGAAAUAAUUGCUUGUUUGUUUCCUCGGCUCUCGAAUCACUCUUAUCCGAGACAUUGGCAAGUGGCACACGCAGGAUGUACCCACAUUUUGUGAGUAUUUACUGUCUGUCAUUUGGACGCCUAUGAACUCGACGAAUUACUUCAGUUUGAAGGCUUCUUUCGUUAGAUUUUACGGUUACGGAUAUGUCCGGAUGAACCUUAAUAUAAGGGAUCUUUCACGCUACACCAUUACUGGGAUGUGGUACGGUAAAUUUUUUAUUAACUUAUACGGUAGACUCGGUCGGGCUCAAACAAAGUUUUUUUGUGGUGCGUGGUCUGACCAGUGUAGCGAGAAUCAUCUUUAAAGGAAUAAGAGCUCUAGCGAACCAACGUGCUCGCGACGUUCGAGUCUCUUGAACAUGCGUUGCGUAACGAAAGUUCAAAUGGUAUCCAAACUUGCGUUAUGCUUUUGUUGUCACUUGUCGCCUUUACUGUUAUUAAUUCGCGGCCCUGCGCGUGUUAUCGUUAUUCUUUAGACUAAAUUAGGAAAAGAGUGCUGUAUCUAUUGAUAAGUAUAAAAAUUAAUACCUGGUAAUAACUUGAGAAAUUGUCAAUAUUAUAAUUAUUAUAAAACAACAAUUCAAUGAAGUGCGUCAAAGUAAACAAGCCAUCGUACAUA